AUGGUAAAAGAAAGUGGACAUUUUGGUGAAAAAACUAAAGUGGACAUUGCCAGUGCUGUGAGUACCAAAGAGAGACAGGACUGUCCAGAACCUACCAAUGAAGGUGCAUCUAGUUACGUUCCAAACGUUGACCUUGAAGGACUUUCAAAUGAACAAAAAUUAAUAGUACAAAAGAUGUUACAAGAGGAGUCUGUAUCAUUCUCGAAAGCAGGGGAAAUAGGGAACGCUAAAGGGUUACAAAUGAAUAUCAAUCUUACGGACUCGAUCCCGGUACAAAAGACUUAUACAGCUGUGCCGCGACGCCUUUACCCUGAAGUUAAACAAUAUGUAGAAGAUCUUUUAAAUAGGGGGUGGGUAUGGAGGUCACGAUCAGCCUAUUCUUCAUCAGUUGUCUGCGUGCGAAAGAAAGAUGGGACACUUAGACUGUGUGUUGAUUAUAGACAGCUAAACCAGAAAACAGUCCCAGAUCGACAUCCCUUGCCUCGAGUUCAGGCUACACUGCAGAGUCUUGGCGGAAAUAAUUGGUUUUCAAUGUUAGACCAAGGCAAAGCCUAUCACCAAGGCUAUAUAAGUCGUGAGAGCCGGCACAAAACAGCAUUCAUUACUCCGUGGGGACUAUUCGAAUGGGUGCGCAUCCCAUUUGGUCUGAUGAACGCCCCUGGAGAAUUUCAGCGAUUCAUGGAAGAUUGUCUGCACGAUUUGAGGGAUGAAAUUUGCAUCCCAUACCUGGAUGAUGUGAUUGUUUUCAGCAAGUCAUUUGAAGAACAUGUCGAUCACGUUCGUCAAGUACUACAACGACUUCGAGCUAACGGAAUAAAACUGAAACCAGAAAAGUGCAAGCUUUUUCAGAGAGAAGUGAACUAUCUCGGACAGAUUGUCUCGACAGAAGGUUAUAGACCAGACCCCUCGAAAGUUAACGCUGUGACAGCCUUAAAAGACUCUGUGCCAACGAAUGUAGAAGUACCAAAACUGCUUGGACUUGUUGGGUAUUAUCGAAGAUACAUUCCUGACUUUGCCCUAACUGCUCGACCUUUGUUUGACUAG